UUCCGCCUCCUAAACUGUCCGUAGUGAAACAAGGAAGUUUGACUUACCAGCCGGUUCCAGCCAUGAGUUAGACAAAUUAAGAAGUACAUGCUCCCCUUUUUAAACCUGGGAGAAACUUCGUAGUUAAUCACUAGCUAAGUGGAACAGCUUGUGCUGGAUUGGAGUUUAGCCAUGGACACCGUGAUAAAACUAACAAGCCAAAGUCAAGGAAGAGACCGCAUAUUCAGGGCAACCCAGUACGCAUGCGCACUGACUGUGUAUCUUCUUCGGAAAAAUUCAGAGAAAAGGGACUUAGUGGACAAACUUAAAAGUUUGGAGAAGAAUAUGAGCGCUGGACGAAAAUUGUUCAGGCUGGGAAAUGCAGUAAAUUCCAUUGAGGCUGCGAAGCGAAGCAUGCAGCUCUCUGACAGAGUGCUGUGCCUGUGCCUCACUGCGGCCAACAUCAACCGCGCGCUCUACUUCAUCUGUGACAACUUAGUCUGGGCCAGGAGUGUUGGUCUCCUCCGCAACAUCGACAAAGACCGCUGGAACCUAAACGCCUCUCGCUGCUAUUUUUACUCCCUAACAAUGAAUCUGAUCAGGGACGUGUAUGUCAUCCUCCAGUUGAUGCUGCAGAGAAGAAAAGACGCGCGCUUCAAACAGAAGAUAGAGCACCAUCUGAAGGAGAGCUCAGAGGCGGCUGAGGUUAUCAUCCCUCAGCUGGAUGCUUUUGUUUUUGUGCUUUUGGAAACUCUAAGAUCACAUCCCACGGUUGCCUUGGACACCGUGAAAAACAUCUGCGAUCUCUUCAUUCCCUUAGACAAGCUUGGUAUUUAUAAGUCCAACGCAGGAGUGGUUGGAUUUUGUGGCUUUAUAUCUUCCCUGAUAGGGAUCGUAACCCUGGCACAACCCAGUUUAAGGAUCAAACCCUGAUAAGAAGGGUGGAGCUGUCGCGCUACACCAGCAACAACUCAAAAAAACGAGAUUUCAAAAUAAGUUUUUAACAGAUUAAUAUAUUUUGGUUGUGAUUUUGUAUAACUUUACUAAUUUAAUAGAUUUUCUAGCUUCAUAGAUACUGUUGCACCAAAAGGGACGUUUAUUGAACAUCUUUGGGGGGUGGGAGGGGGGUCCUGUCGACUGUGUUUACAUUGGUUUCAUAAAAUGCUGCUAAAAGUUUGUGCUUUGAGGGAUCUUCCAGGUUAAUGUGAAGAUAAACUGUCCUGAUUGGGGUUAAACUGGAUGAAAAACACUUAAAAAAUUUACGCACAUUACCUUAAACUAUGCAUAUCCUUUUAGUAUUUAGGAUCAAAGAUGCAAAUGUUUUGGAAUUAUGUGAACUUUUUCCAAUUUGUGAUGUUUAAUUCUUAAGUUUUCAUGAAUUAAAAUGUGAAUAAAUCACCUCAAAUGUGUUA